GAAUUCAAAAUUCGGAAAAAGAAUAUUUAAUAAUCCUUAUUUGGCAUUCUUAUCUUUUUGAAAUCUAUAAAUAUUACUCUGUCGUGUUCAUUUUCCACAAACAAUCAAACCAGAAGGAAGACAUUCCUCUGUUUUUCCUUUGCUACUUCAAAUAUCUCAAGAUGAUUAGGUUAGUGUUUGGUAUAUUAGUCCUUUUUGCUAUAUUCCGUUUCCCGACGAUUGAAUCACGCAGCCACCAUCCUUCGGCGUAUUCCGGGAUUGAGUUUCCUGCAUUAAAUUGCCGGAAACACAAGGCGGUAAUAACUGAUUUUGGAGGAGUUGGAGAUGGGAAAACUUCCAAUACGAAAGCGUUCAGAACGGCCUUAAGCAAGCUCAGCGACCUGGCGAGCGACGGUGGAGCUCAACUCUUAGUUCCUCCUGGAAAAUGGCUCACCGGAAGUUUUAACCUAACCAGCCACUUCACAUUGUUCAUCCAAAAAGGUGCCACCAUCCUUGCAUCUCAGGAUGAAUCUGAAUGGCCAGUGGUCCCUCCACUGCCAUCGUACGGAAAAGGAAGGGAUGGAACCGGAACCGGGAGAUUCAACAGUCUCAUCUCCGGUACAAACCUAACCGACGUGGUCAUAACCGGUAACAACGGGACGAUCAACGGACAGGGACAGUAUUGGUGGGAUAAAUUCAAAAAGAAGCAGUUUAAUUUGACUAGACCGUAUAUGAUCGAACUCUUGUUCUCCCAAAAUAUUCAGAUCUCCAAUAUCACUUUGGUCGAUUCUCCGUCGUGGCAUAUUCAUCCUGUCUACUGUAAUAACGUCAUCGUCAAAUCAAUCACCAUUAUCGCUCCCGUUGAUGUUCCCAACACCGAUGGAAUCAAUCCAGAUUCAUGCACCAACACACUGAUCGAAGAUUGUUACAUAGUCUCCGGAGACGACUGCAUCGCCGUUAAAAGUGGUUGGGACCAAUACGGAAUCAAGUUCGGAAUGCCGACUCAACAACUCUCGAUCAGACGGCUCACAUGCAUCUCCCCGAAAAGCGCAGGAGUAGCCUUAGGAAGCGAGAUGUCGGGAGGAAUCAAAGACGUCAGAAUCGAAGACGUGACACUAAUCAACACUGAAUCCUCCGUCAGAAUCAAAACCGCUGCGGGACGUGGCGCUUACGUCAAGGACAUUUACGCUAGGAGAUUCACGAUGAAGACGAUGAAAUACGUUUUCUGGAUGAGUGGAAACUACAACCAGCAUCCUGACGAAGGGUACGAUCCCAAGGCGUUGCCCGAAGUUUCUAACAUCAAUUUCAGUGAUAUGACGGCUGAGAACGUCACCAUGUCGGCUAGUCUCGCUGGGAUUGAUAAAGAUCCGUUUACGGGUAUUUGUAUUUCGAAUGUGAACAUAACUUUGUCGGCUAAGCCUAAGGAGGUGCAGUGGAACUGUACUGAUGUGGCUGGAGUUACGAGCAGAGUUAAGCCUGAGCCGUGCAGUUUGUUGCCGGAGAAGAAAACUGAAGGGAAGAAUAUGGACUGUAUGUUUCCAUCUGAUUUGAUUCCGAUUGAGAGUGUUGUCUUGAAGAAAUGCUCUCUUUGAUAUGCAAUAAUUGUAGUGAAACAUGAAACUGAAUUAUAAAAGUUUCUUAUAAUGUUACAGCAAAAAUAAUCUUGAAGAACUCUC